AUGCUGACAAUCGAAUGGCGCUGCUUCACCUAUACAGUGGUGCCAAUGCUACAGUGGAUACAGAACCUCGAGAUGCCUCUGUGGGAAACGCCUCCGUUCUCGCUGUGGCUUGUGUACACCCUCUUCGUGAGUGUACUCACCCACAUGGAUGUUAUGACGCAGGGACUUUUUCUGGCAACGACGCUGCACAGAUUCCACUGCCCAGGUUUUGGCAAAACCAGGGAUGCAUGGCACCAAGUCUGGGGCAACUCGAUUCUCUCCUGGAUGGCCUGGGGCUCUAGCCUGGAAACGCUGGUCAUCGUCAGCUGGGGGGUCUUCGUAUUGCAGCUGGUGCUGUUUGCCCUCCAUGCGAUGCCUGUGCAACCCGUCAGCUUCGCAUGCCAGAGCGAGAAAGAAGGCUAUCUGAACGUGGCUGGCUUUGGCUACGUCAGAAUAUGGCACGCGGAUGCAUUGAAAGACUUGGCGAGCUCGAACAGAAUGGCCAUGGUUUCUGCUGGACAUCUCAGGCUGAGCGUCAAGCGCGCGCAUCAGGAGCUUCAAGCUCAGCCGCCGAAUGACUUUCGGUUUUUACACAUCUUGAAGAUGGAGCUUCGACACCUCCUGCUGCGAAUUGUGCUUGUAAACCUGUGCACGAACUGCACAAAAAUCGAGGCCGAUAUCGGCCUUGGGAUCAGGAGAGCUUUGGGCUUAGGGGUUUCGGCUUCAAGGCGGCCUUCAAGUCGCAUGCCUGUAGUUUAA